AUGCAUUGGUGCGACUCCAUCGAGUUUGAGCUCGUAGGCACAGAUUGUUACGAAUACCGUGCCAACAACUCUUGGAAGUCAAUUUCGCUCGAGGAUCUGCGGCUCGAGAGCCAAAGAUGCGAAUUUUGCUCAGCUUUAUUUGGCUUGAUUGAUUACCGUCUGCGCUACGAUACAACAAAGACAGGCAAUGACCGACACACACCGCGUCUAACAGACGAGGAGAUCCGUCGUAAUGCAAAUGUGUCUAUUCUUGUUGAAGCGAAGAAAGCCCGAAAUUGGUCUUUCAGUAAGCGAGGGGAAAGUUACCGGACAGUCAUUGACCUUUCGGUGACUUGUGGCUCGCAUCAUGUCGACAUCUUGCUUCAGCGAGCUGGCUCGGGAGGACGGGUUCCUGUUGCUCAAUGGUACCAAGCCAAGGACGGCGAGGAUACAAUUUCUUACAUUGCCCCUGGCAGUUGGAGAACUGAAGGAAUUGACCUGUUGGCUCUAUCUUAUCCAAUUGUAGGACGCCUGCAGGGUGGGUUCGGACGCUGGCGACCACUUCAGAUUGAUUUUCCUACUCUGGAGCGUUGGAUCAAUACCUGCGAUGACGGCCAUGAACUUUGCAAAAACCAGUACAAAGCGGAUCGUGUUCAACGUCUGCGUCUUGUGGAUGUCAACAAAAUGUGCAUCAUCAAUGUCUCUAGCAGAGAUCAUUAUCACCAGUUUGCGACUCUAAGCUACGUAUGGGGGAGAGAACCAUUCUUGAGGCUCUCUAGAGAUAACUUGAAGCAUCUCAUGACACCAGGCAGUCUCGAUAAAACGCCGCCACCUCUGACAGUCCGGGAUGCUUUGCAAAUCUGCCAUGGGCUUCAAAUACAGUUUAUCUGGGUGGACAGUUUAUGCAUCAUCCAGGAUGAUAAAUCUGACAUGAUUGAGAUUGUUGAUAGUAUGGACUCUAUUUACCGGCAAAGCGUCAUCACUAUUGUUGCUGCUUCUGGUACGAAUGCUCACGCAGGUAUACCUGGGGUUCGCCCAGGGACAAGACACUUGGAGCAACAUACAUUGCAAGCACGAGGCGUCCAAUUCGUUGAUUCGGUGGACUCAAAACAACUAUCAUCGGAAUUUUCCUCGGAAGAGCCUGACUGGAUAUCGGGCACACCGUGGGCACAACGCGCCUGGACGUUUCAGGAGGGUCUGGUCUCGAGACGACUGUUAUUCUUCACUGCCGAGCAGGUUUACUGGAGUUGCCGUGGGGGCUUGCUCAGCGAAGAUACAGUGGAGCAUUUUCCAUCAGAAGGUAGCGAUGCAAAGCCGUAUAAGGACUCUGACAGCAUGUUCAAGCUACUUGAAUGUCAGUCUCUCGCCAUCACCUUCUCGAAACGCAACUUGACCUAUGAAUCAGACAUCCAGCGCGCCUACCUUGGGGUUCAGAAUCACCUAGACAAGAAAUGGGGUGGCCAUAAGUUCUCCUGGGGUCUGCCUCACGGAUCCUUUUGGGCAUCUCUCAUGUUGGAGUGGGAAUUUGACAAGGGAAGAAAGCGACGGAGUGGAACGCAUCCAAUUGAAAUAAUUGAUGGUACAGUCACGCGAGCCUCAUUUCCAUCUUGGUCAUGGAUGGGAUGGACAGGGGGUGGGGAAAUUUAUUCGCAAGUAGGAUUGAUGAACAUUUACUGCCCAUCAUGUUAUACAUUCGACUCAGCAGCUGAAUUGGUCGCGAUUCAAUAUGGAGAAUACAACGGCCCGAAACCACUGGCUGAGCUAUUAGCCAAUAGUGAGACUGCUAACGGAGACAAAAAAUGGCGAAAAGAUAUCACAGAAGCAGACUUUACACCAGCACUGGUUUCAACCCCAGCCAUGAAACAUAGCGCGUUGUUGUUUUAUACACAGACAGCAAAAACAUACCCAUUUUCCGUGAUGAUACGGAGCAAGUUCUACGAGAUUCUUGAAGAGCACCAACGGGAGGGCCAGCAGCAUACAGGAACACGUAAGGAAGUGACACUCGCGGUCGUCUUUGCAGAAGAGAAACCCUUUUCAUGGGAGAAAAUCAGACUCUAUUGUUGGCCUAUUAUUAAGAGAGACGGGGUGUGGAAGAGAGCUUCAUACAUGAGCACGAUGGUUAGUCUUGACAUGUGGAAGGUUCUACCGCGGAAGAGUUGGGAGCUUAUAUGCAUGAUAUGA